AUGGUCAGCGUGGCUGCACCUCUCUCCAUCAUUAUUGAGUCCAAAACCUCAUCCACAGGAUCAUGGGACGGCAACAGGAUGCACCCUUCGCCGUUAGCUUCGCAUCCAUUCAGGAUCUCCACGCCUAGCUUCACGGACCUCGACAUCCCGACCGAAUUGCAGUAUACUUCACGUCCUCAGUCGGGCUUGAAUAUCGCCGGCACCCGCACAAGCUAUCUUGGAGGCGAUUUGCACGAACCGAUUCACUAUGGCGAAAAUGUCCGUCGUCAUCGCAGUCGCGACGAUGUAGCUGCUUUGAUAGAGUUUCUCAGAACCCACGAGCCGCCUCCCGACAACUUCAUGUCGCAGCCCUACAGUGCCGAUGAAGAAGAGCGCGGCAGAUGGGAGAAGCUCAAGGUCAUGGGCAAACGGCGAAGCAAGUCCAUGAGCAGGGCGCUUGCUCCCAUGCGACUGCCUGAUUCUGCUGUGGCUGGCGUUACUACCGGUGGUCAUCGUCACAUUGCCAUUUCGAUUCCUCUCGACGCCUCCCACUUUGGCGACACCCCCAAGUGCCAAUAUCCCGUCCCCCAUAAAGAUGCGCGGCCUCCUGUUCCGCCGCUGCCGGAGUCAGUUCGCACUUUCAAGAACGAAAAGGGCGUCGUCACCGUCCUCAGACCCCUCUCCCCGAUCCAACACUCAAGCAACGUGCCAGCCAGCCCAGCUUCGCCUCGCCGCUUCGACAGAGACUAUCCCCCACAGCUACUACGAAACCGCCGCAUAAUACCUCCGUCCCCCGCUCCCCCCUCUCCUGCCAACCCUGAGCAAUGGCCUUUGGUCCACGGCGAAUCCGAGGCCUCCUUGAAUGUACAGCAACCUGCAGCUUCCUACGAUGCCAACGAAGAGGGUCGCUCCAAAACUGCCUCGCGCCAGACGUCCGAGUUUGUCCGCGCAGCUUAUCCCACGCGCGGAUCAAGCAUGACUGCCUCUCCGCGAACUAAGCACAAUCACGCAUCCUCCAUUGACGAGGUUAUUGCGGAAGAGGAGCCCUAUAGCAGAAAUCCUUCGCCCAUGCCCCGCGAAGGCAUGAUGCGCCGCAACACCGAGCGGCGCGUGGGACACCCACCAGUAUCUUUGGCAACGUCGCCCACUGCGCGGAAGUCGACUUCCAACUUGCGAUCGGAGUGGCAAGGCGAUAAAGAGGCUACAGCUAGGCAACCAAGAGUUACCCAAGUAACGGAAAGCCCUGUUAUUCCUCGAAACGAGUCUCCUUCGCCGCCUGCGAGCAUAAUCUCGGUCAAGAGCCGCCGCGAAAAGGUGCGCGACAAGAAGCUCCGAGAUCUUGCAGCGGCACGAAGCUCAAAGGUGGUCAGCAAGCCAUCGCCCACGACGGCCAUGGACACUGAACAGGAUACUCAGUCCUUGACCAAGGAGCAGUCUGCUCCUACGGCCAAUGCUCAAUCUGGCCCGAAACUGUCCACCAUCAUGGUGGUUGUGGACAUGAAGCCGGACGGCGAGGCGACCGACCAAGAACCCCCAACCACUGCAGACGACACCGAACCCGUCACUGAGGUACUGCCAGAGGCUGCCGCGUCGAAGCUGCCUACGCCGCCUACAUCAACCGAGACAUCGCCCGCGCAAAAGCACGGCUUCGACACGCGCACAUCUCUGACCCGCCGGCGCGAGUGGCAGACCAGCCGUGAGCAGGAGCGCAAGAGACGAGAAGUUAAGGCGCACUUGCGACAGCUCGCUGCGUCCGGUGCCCACGGUGGCAGGGCCAUGACUGACCCCGAGCGCGACAGUCUUCCACUCUACGAGGCCUACCGCGAGCAGCGCCUGCGCGAUAUUGAAAGCCGCGUCCGUCGCCUCGAGCGCAGCGGCGACGUCUGGCUGCGCGCCCUCAUCCCCAUGCUCGAGGACGUCAACAACAGCAGCAGUGCUGUCACUCAGUCCCGCCGCCUCGGCGCCAACGACGACGAGAGCAUCCGUGACUGGGCUUCGGACGACGAGACGACGACGACGGCCGCCGAUCGUCUCGGCCGUGCCUCGCAGCGCCGCAAGCUCAUCCGCCGCGCGAGCCUCUCGCGGGAGCGCAUGCUCGAGGAGCUGAUGCGCCGCGAAGAGCGUGACAUGCUCGACAGCAGCUACGACGAGAUGCAGCAGCCGCACGACGUCAGCGGCAUGGGCUCCAUUGAGCCGCUGAUGCGCGAGCUCGCCAGUAGUGGGCAGGCGACACAGGACAGGCGCACGACGACGCCAAAGGUGCGCUUCCAGACGACAGCACCGCGGAAGCAGCCGGAGGAGGAUGAUGAUGUGCCGCCGGUUCCGCUGCGCCCGAGACCUGCAAGCAGCAGCAGGAGAAUAUAG